AUGGAAGGCAUUACACAGUUUCUCGGCUUUGUUGGGAGCAUAAAACGAUUGAAAAGAGCUGGGUGGCUGCGACACAUAGAUUCCAGAGACGCAGAAAGCGUGGGGGACCACUCAUUCGGGGUUGCAGCUCAUUUUCUCGCUUUAUCGGAUAAAGAUCUUUGCGUCAAUGGCCAGUGUGCCGACAGGAGUCGGUGUAUCAUGAUGGCUCUGACCCAUGAUCUAGCCGAGUCCAUUGUAGGGGACAUUACGCCUCAAGACCCCGUAACCCCCAAAGAAAAGGCAAAAAGAGAAGGCGAAGCCAUUCGUACGAUCUGCAGUUCUCUUGAAAAAACGCGCGCAAACGAACUGAUAGAACUGUGGGAAGAAUACGAGCGAGGUCACAGUGCAGAGGCUCAAUUGGUGAAGGAUGCGGACAAGUUCGAUAUGAUUGUGCAGGCUUAUGACUAUGAACAGCGAUACGGAGUGUCUUUAGAGGAGUUUUUCGUGUCCACUGAAACAGUUUUCAAGACCGAUACUUUCAAAGCUCUAAGCCGCAAUCUUAGGGAUAAACGCAACACCUGGAUCAACAGCAAGCCCUAA